UGAUUCCAUAUUCUCUGCAUCGUGAAUUUUCCGAGUACUUUUUUUUAGAAUCGGUUUAUCGUAUUGUCGUAAAUUUCACUUGGCUCGUGUGUAACGUUUCGCGAAUUUCAUAAUUGUAUCAAACGCAGAUUAAUCCCGUCAAAAUGUUUAAUCAAAUAUUGCGACCUAUUGUACGCAACAUGGCCAGAAAUGGUACUCGUUCUGCCAGCUCAAAAGCAGUGGAUUUUAAAUUACCAUCAUUUGAUGAAAUACCUACACCACAGGGAUGCUGGAAAGAGCAUUAUGAUGCAAAACAGAAAGUUUUUAAUGCUCAAUUAAUUGGUGGUGUUUCUGUACUAGUUGCUACCCUAGCUUUUGUAAAAUUUUCGGGCAUUAUAUUCUUUAAUUUUGGACCACCUGAGGAACCUGCUGAAUAGAAAUAAACAUUCACAUAAAAUAUUAGCUAAUUAAAAUAGAUAUAAAAGCAAUUUGGCUACAUGCAAUUGUUGAGAAUAUUAUGUACUUUAUUGUGUGAGUAACAUGCAAUAACUCUCCUCAAUAAAUAUUU